UGAAACAUAGCCAUUACACAGAGGUUCUCAUAUUUCAUAACAUUCAGUUCAAUACUCGUAUUGUAUUUCUUUAGUCUUUUUGCAUGACAACAAUCUACAUGAUGUGUCCUCUAAGCACCAACGACUUGCACCGUAUUUUCGAAAAUCUCGACAAGAAUGGAGACGGGCAAGUGAGUCUCGAGGAGCUCAAUUGGCUCCUCGAGAGAAUCGGCGUGCAAUUCAGCCUGCACGAGCUCGAGUCCCUCUUGGGAAAACCGAGCCUUGACAUCAACGAGUUCUUGUUCUUCUACAAGUCCAUAUCCAUGCAGCAAGGUGACGCCAGUGGCGAAAAUGAAGGCGGUGACAUUCGUGAGGAUGUCGGUGUUGAUGGUCAGGAAGAUGAAGAUGAGAAGGACCUUGCGAAGGCAUUCGGUGUGUUUGACUUGAACGGCGAUGGCUUCAUUUCUAGCGAGGAGCUUGAGAGCGUGCUGAGGAGAUUAGGGGUUUUGGAGGAGAAUAGCAGCCGGGACUGUAGAACCAUGAUUCGCGUGUUCGACACCAACUUGGACGGCCUGCUCGACUUUCAGGAAUUCAAAACCAUGAUGUUCCAAAAUACUAUUUCUUAAUUAAUUCCCGUGCUCCCAUUUACAACUUUUUGAAAUUUAAAGUGCAAGUAUUUUGCAGCCCCUGCCCAGCAAUUCUUUAUAAUGAUAAAUGGUUGUUUUUUUUUCUUUUUC